CUCUUAUUAAUAAAUUACAGGGAAAGUUUUGACUUUUGAGUGAGUUGAAUUUACAUUUAUUAGGUGAAUAUAUGGUGACAUUCUCCUCAGUCUUUUGACUGGAAGGUCUAUUUUGAUAUGCCAAAAGCUAAAUGUUGCUUAAGAGAUGACUUGUGUUGAAGGAAUGAAAGAGAGACCAAUUUAAUUUAGCUAUGCAUGUAUAUAUGUAGCAAGGUAUGGCAACUGCACUGGGAACGCUUUGUGGUCAAGCAUUUGGUGCAGGCCAAGUUGGGUUGCUUGGUAUCUAUAUGCAGCGGUCAUGGAUUGUCCUAUUAAUCACCUGUAUCAUCCUUUCACCGGUUUAUAUUUUUGCCGCUCCAAUACUGGAGAGUUUAGGCCAAGAAAGUGAUAUAGCUGAUCUUGCUGGAAAAUAUAGUGUAAAGAUAAUUCCUCAGUUGUUCUCCUUUGCCAUCUUUUUGCCCACUCAGAGGUUCCUUCAGGCUCAGAGCAAGGUUAGCGCAAUGGCAUUGAUUGCUUUUGUGGCGCUGAUCAUACAAACUGGACUCCUUCAUCUUUUCAUCAAUGUGUUUGGCUGGGGAACCACUGGUGCAGCUGUAGCUUAUGACAUCACACAUUGGGGAAUUACAGUUGGUCAAGUUGUGUAUAUUAUGGUUUGGUGCAAAGAGGAGUGGACUGGAUUUUCAUGGCUGGCAUUUAAGGACAUUUGGGCUUUUGCUAAGCUAUCCCUUGCCUCAUGCAUGAUGUUUUGCCUAGACUCAUGGUAUACCAUGACCAUAAACAUUCUCGCAGGUUUACUUGAAAAUGCAGUGAUUGCUGUUGGUUCCUUUUCUAUAUGCAUGAACUUUCAGAAUUGGGAGAUCAUGUUGUUGGUUGGACUAAAUGCUGCUAUAAGCACUCGAGUCUCCAAUGAACUUGGAAUGGGGCGCCCAAGAGCGGCCAAAUACGCUGUCUGUACUGCAGUCUUGCAAUCUCUCAUAGUUGGAAUUUUAUCU